AUGUCUUCACAACAAUUACAUCAAAGAGCAGGAAGAAGUGAGAAAGGAAAGGAGUUAGACAAACUAAUCGAGCAGUUUUAUAAUAGUAGUAGCACACAGGAACAACAAGAGAAAGAUAAAAACAAGAAACCAAUCAAUCCCAAAUUGAAAUGGAUAAAGAAGAAGCUGGAAGCACUUUUUUGGUUAUCACUAGGAGUUGCUCUUGCCUAUUAUACUGAUUUACUUGAUGUCAUAUUGCAUAGUGAUAAAGUUGAUAGAUUCUAUUUUAACAUUGGUUUAGUUGGAUUGUUUGUUUUCUUUGUACUUUAUAUAAAUGUUGCAUAUAUCUAUGGUGCUAGAAAUAAGUCAUCACUUGAUUGGGAAAAGGAAUUUCCAAAUUCAAUAAGAGUUGCUACAGCAUCGUUGAUCAUAACAACCAUAGGUUUCAUAUGCGGAUUUUGGCCUAUCUGGGUUGAUAUAGUUGUCAAAUUUCAUUUCUAA